AUGCGUGUGCUGGCGCUUGCACCGCUGACACUGCUCGUCUGGGUACUUGUGGCCGAGGCGGGCGUGGUGGAGGCACAUGGCCAGCGCGAGCGGCGCGACUUCCGCGCGCUUUCCGACGACCAGGUCAACGCGAUUGCAGCGCUGGACCCGCCAGAGUGGGACAGUGUCGACAGUGGGCAUUUGGCCAAGCUGCUCGUCCCCCGUGUCUCUGGUACCGACGGCAACGUCGCCGUGCAAAAGUACAUCUCGUCUGUGUUCACCAAGCUCGGAUGGCACGAGGACAAGUACGCGACGCGUAUGGAGACGCCCCAAGGCGAGCUCCCCUUCACCAACCUGGUGUACACGUUUGACCCGGACGCCCCGCGCAAGAUUGUCCUUUCGGCGCACUUUGACUCCAAGUGGUUUGAGCAAGGCGACUUUAUCGGCGCAACCGACUCUGCAGCCCCGUGCGCAACGCUCAUGGACGUUGCCGAGGCGCUCACCCCCUUGUUGCAAGCGCGCAAGGCGCGCAUGGACGCCGGAACGCCCAUCCUGACCGCGCACCUGGACGAGGUCGAGGCGGCCGAGACGACGCUCCAGCUCGUCUUCUUUGACGGCGAAGAGGCGUUUCACGAGUGGACAGACACCGACUCGGUGUAUGGCUCGCGCUACCUCGCCGAGCUGUGGGAGGACACGUACCUGCCGGACCACCACGCGCUGGCGCGCCGGCGCAUGUCGCCGACGCCCAACGUCCUGGACACAAUCGACGUGCUCGUCCUCCUCGACCUGCUGGGCGCGCCCAACCCCAAGAUCCAGAGCUACUACCGCGAGACGGACUGGCUGUUUGAGGAGAUGCGAUCGGCAGACCGCCGCCUCCGCGCCGCGGGGCUCGUGGACACGACCGACGCCCAGUGGUUCCGCGAGUUCCGCGGCUGGGCAGGCAUGAUUGACGACGACCACCGGCCGUUCCUCCACCGCGGCGUGCCCGUCCUGCACGUCAUUCCCAACCCGUUCCCCCACGUGUGGCAUAAUUUCAAGGACGACGCGUCGGCGCUCGACCUCCCGACCCUCCGGAGAUGGAACCGCAUCAUGCGCGUGUUCACCGCCGGAUACCUCGGCCUCGCGACUGACGAUGGCGCCUCUGCCGACCAGGUCACUCGUGACGAGUUGUGA